AUGCUCUGUCACCCCGCUCACCUUGUCCUCUCUCCCACAGGCUGCGUGAACACCACCGCGCCGCGAUUAAGGUGAUCCGCAGGAUGCAGUACUUUGUGGCAAAGAAGAAGUUUCAGCAAGCUAGGAAGCCCUACGAUGUCCGAGAUGUUAUUGAGCAGUAUUCGCAGGGCCACCUCAACCUGAUGGUGCGAAUCAAGGAACUGCAGAGGAGAUUGGACCAAUCCAUAGGGAAGCCGUCUCUUUUCAUCUCCGUCUCAGAAAAAAGCAAAGAUCGAGGGAAUAACACGAUUGGUGCCAGGCUGAACAGAGUGGAGGACAAGAGAGCAAUGGCUUUUGAUUUUGGACAAAUCAUUCUCAAAGGGCUGCUGAAAGAGCUUCCCAGUGCUGUUUGUGAAAUCUCCAGUGAGCCUGGGAAAGUUUUGGUGUAUUGGCCUGGAGAUAAGCUGGAUUUCGGUUAUUAA